CGUAGGCGUGCCCUCACUAAAGCGUGCAUGAGUUUGAUCUCUUCCUCAUCGCAGCUCGCGGGUAUACGUCAACCAAUAACUCAACUUUUGCAUUUGGCAAACAGUGAAAAAUUCGACAUGGUCCAGCAUAAUUUUGGAAUCACAAUGGCUGUUGUCACACUGUUUUGGGGAUUUGUUGGUGGAGUUGUCCCGUGGUUUAUUCCGAAAGGGCCGAACAGAGGGGUCAUCGUAACCAUGCUUGUCUUAACAGCAGUUUGCUGCUACUUGUUCUGGUUAAUAGCCAUCCUGGCCCAGCUGAACCCCUUAUUUGGACCAGCACUGAGCAACGACACUAUUUGGUACCUGCAGCAACACUGGCUGUAGCGGAUGGCUCAUUCCUCUAUAAGGACAAUGACAAAAGUGCAUGAGGAAGACAGGCAAACUUUCAGUAUGCAGCAACUGCUUAGAUUUUCAAGACCUGUUGAUAACAACAGAGCAAGAAACGUUUAGAGGACAUGUGCUCUCAAAGUGAACUGAUUCUAACACUUGUAUGAGGAGUGUUGUAUAUACUGUAGUAUACCCCUUUACAUGUCCUGUUCCUCCAGAGCGCAAGGUCACUAACAGCAAUUGCUCAAGUCAUGCAAAGCUUCUUUCAUCUUCUUGUAAAUUUUCACUUUUGUUUCCUUCUUGGGAGUAAUAGAUGCUUUUAUUUAUUAAAAGGCUUGGCGAGCAGCCUGGGCCUUGGGAAGAUCUGAGCUGCAGUGCAUCACAGAUUCCAGCUGAUGGACCCAAGGCCAUGCACACACAGCCCUAAACCAGCAAACAGGCCCUUCCCUCUCAUGGAAUCCUGUGCAUGUUUGUCUUUGAACACAGACAUUUAUUCGAACUACAAUAUUUUAAAAUGUAUUUUUCAAAUGGAUUCUUGUCUAGUUUAUAUUAAAUAGAGAAAAGAUUGUAUUAUAUUUGUACUGGAUUUAACUGAUAACAAGUAACUGAUUUUUAAAUACUGUACCUUUUUUAAAAAAAAAAUUAAUUUCAGCUCUGUUUAUUCUAACAAAGCAGGUACACCAAGUGGAUAUUGAAUGUUAACAUGUGUUUUGCAAGUAUAUAUUUUUUGCAGGCUGUGCACAUCAACCUCUGUCUGUUUUAGCAAGUGUUUUCAAGAUCAUCUAAAAGGUUUGAGUCAAAUAAAGAUCUGUUAUGAACA